AAAUUGACCUUGUCAUGUUCGUUAUUUAAGUAAGUUAGUUUUAUAGUUCAAUAAAUUGUGAUAUAAUGGUAUAAAAUCUUUUGUGUAGUACAUAUAUACUUCUUUAAAAAUGCCUAAGAAAGGUAAGGGGAAGGAGCCCGCCCCUGCUAAAGCCGCUGCUCCCGGCCCUCCACCCAAGCCUAAAAAGAUUCCCCCACCACCAGCAUGUUUUGGUCCUGAAGACUUAGCGAAAUUCAAAGAAUUAUUUAAAGCGUGCGACGAAGAAAAUAUAGAUAAGGUAAAAAUAGAACAAAUACCAUUCAUGUUACGAAAGCUAGGAUUCAAUCCAAAAACCCAUGAAAUAAAAGAACUCUUCAGAUUAUUUUUGGAAGAUGAUUUAGUUGAUACGGUGGAAUAUCAUGAAUUCUUAUUUAUGAUUGAGGCUAAAAUGAACUGGGGCGAUGAUUUCGAGUUGGCGGUGACGAAAGCAAUGGCUGCGCUUGCACAUGAUGAUGAGCACGAGAUAGGUAUUGUUGAUUUUGAAAUAUUAAGAGAAGAACUAACAGUCUGGGGUGAGCCUAUAACAGAAAUUGAAUUUGUUGACUGGAUAAAACUAUCAAUGAAAGACAAAACAUACAACAUAGAAGAUGGGACAUUUAAUUACGUUAAGUUUAUAGAGAAUAUGAACGCCAAGGAUGUUAAGUAUAUUAAGGAGCCGAUUAACUUCUACAAGCUUGAUCAGAAGACUUUAGCCGCGAUGGCGAUAAAGAAAGCCCAAGAAGAGAAAGAAGAACAGGAAAAGAAAGAUGCUCUCAACAAGGCCAGAGAAGAGGCGAAGAGACAGAAGAUGAUUGCUGAUGGCUUAAUUCCUCCAGAUUAGAUACACAAAUCGUCUGGCCACAUUGGUGAUCAAAGUAGAUAUUGAACGGAUGUAAUUGUCGCAAAAAUUUGUUUAUUUAAAAAAAUAUAUAUCAAAAUUACACGAGAGGGCAAAUAUGCCUCAUAAUUCUAAAAAGAGUGGUUGGUUUUUCUUGUUUACUGCUGGUUUUUCAGUAUUGUCUAAUAGGUUUUCUUGUUUUGGAAGCGCACUGUAGUUUUUGUUGUAAAUGGGCUGUCAAGUAGGUUCUUGAGCCGUGACAAAUAAAAUUAAGUAUUAAAAUUUCGAAAAAUAAAUCUACCUAAUAUGAUGAAUUAAUUGUUAAUUGUGACGAAUUAGUUUGUUGAUGAAGUGCUUGUUAAUGUAUACAUUCAAAAGAUUGUCUCCCAUUUCAGUACUAGAAAACAACGAUUAACUCAUGGUAAUGACGUACAUACAUACAUAUUCAACAAUCCUGCAUAAUUUUUAUAGAUGCGAAAUGGGACGAGAAUAAGAGAUGUUACUUGCAUACAUUAAACGGAUGUAGAAAAAUAA